UCUCGUUUUCUUUUCGGUAUCAUCCACUCUCACGAAGAGAUCCAUUUCACUGUUUCUCACUCGCUGCGAGUUGUUCUUCUUGUUAAUCUAAAAUCGGUGCAAACCUUUUGGCAAUUCGAAUGCAACAAAGAUGCCGAGAAUGGAAGAUAUUUUAAACCUUCCAGUGCAAGACCCUCCUUGUACGGAGUUCUCUGCUGCUCAUAUAAAUUGGGUAAAAUUAGAAGGUGGUCGGCAAGGCGGUGAUGAUAUUGCUUUGAUUCCUUUUGCCAGAGUUGAUGAUUUUGUGAAAGGUGAAUCUUCCAAUCCAGAAUGCCCUGCUAGCUUCCGCAUAGAAUCAAGAAGGAAAAGACCUGUUGGCAGCAUCGCUAAACCAAGGGUUGAUGGCUAUCUUGAAUAUACACUAUACUGGUGUUCUUAUGGUCCUGAAGAAUACCGAGAGAGCGAUUCAGGUGUAGGGGAUGGCACAAGCAGCAAACCUGCUUCAGGGAAGGGGAGCAGGCCAGGGAGGCGGCACAUGAUGAGAGGCUGCCUUUGUCAUUUCACUGUUAAAAGACUAUACACACGACCCCUCCUUGCCCUAAUCAUAUAUAACCAAAGAAGGCAUGUAGAUAAAACAGGGGCACCGUGUCAUGGAAUACUUGACAGGGAUGCAGUAGGGACAAGAGCUAUGUAUGCUCCUCGAAUUUCAGAUGAGUUACGCCAGAAAGUGAUGUCUAUGCUUUAUGUUGGAAUAUCUUUGGACAAUAUAAUACAGCACCAUGCAGAGGUGAUGCAGAAGCAAGGUGGGCCACAAAACCGUGAUGAUUUUCUCACUCGAAAUGAUGUGCGUAACAUGGAAAGGACAAUUCGUAAUUCUUCACAUGAGCUAAAGGGAAAUGAUGAAUGCAGUGUAAAGAUAUGGGUCCAGCGACAUCAGAAGCAUGUUUUCUAUUUCCAAGAUAACUUGGGAUCAGAAUCAUUUGUUUUGGGUAUACAGACAGAUUGGCAGCUGCAACAAAUGCUUCGUUAUGGAAAUAGUAGUUUCAUUUCUUUUCAUUCAACAUUUGGCUUGAAGAAGCUUAAGUAUCUGGUAUGUUCUUUACUUGUUUUCGAUUCAUCCCAAAAUGCAAUUCCAGUUGCUUGGAUCAUCACUUCAUCUUUUGUCGGUAAAGAUAUUCAUAAGUGGAUUGGUUUGCUAUGUGAAAGAUUACGAACCAAGGAUCCCAGAUGGAGGCCUAAUGCUAUUUUGUUAGAUGAUCCAUCUUUUGACUAUUCUAUCUUAAGAGAGGCUUUCCAGUGUCGCAUCCUAUUAUGUGCCUGGCAUGUUCGCCGUACUUGGAUAAAAAAGCUUUUCAAGAAAUGCUGCAACUUCGAGGUGCAACGGGAGAUGUUUAGGCAUUUGGGAUGGAUUCUGUACUGUACAAGAUGUGGGCCAAAUGCUAUGGAUGCUGUUGAAGAGCUUAUGCAAAUCUUUGUUGACCAGUGUGCUUUCAUGGACUAUUUCAAGAGCCAUUGGCUAGCAACUAUAGAUAUGUGGAUUAAUGGCAUAAAGUCACUCCCCGUGACAACUCCCGAGCCACAUGCUGCAAUAGAAUUCUAUCACCUAAAAUUAAAGUCCACGCUUUUGAAGGAGACUUAUGCUAAUUUCUGGCCAAGAGUUGACUGGUUAAUCCACACCUUAACUACAGAAUUUCACUCGAUAUACUGGCUAGAUCAAUACAGUUUAGAGACUGGUUAUUUACAGAAUCUACGGGACAAUUCUUUCUCCAGUAAUGCUUGGUAUCAUGCUCUUCAUAUUCCAGAUGUUGAUGUAAUAUUGGAUGAGCAAAAUCUUCAUCUUGCAAAAAUUUUAUCUCAAACUGACAGAAGUUUAGCAUAUACAGUUUGGAAUCCUGGUUCAGAAUUUUCACUCUGUGAUUGUUCCUGGUCUAGGCUGGGAAACCUCUGUAAACAUGUCAUCAAGGUGGCAACUUUCUGUAGAAGUCGACAGGUUGCAAGGCCAUUAUUGUCUGCUCAAGUUUAUAAUCAGGCUUUGCUCACCCUUCUCCAUAAUUCUCCAGAUGAUCCUUUGGUUCUUGAUCAUGCCAUUCUACAUGUGGCUCGUUUGCAACAAGACAUUAAAGCAUUGGAAGACUUGUCCAAUAGUGGGUUACUCCAGCCUUUAGCCCCUGAUUUAAGUUCUCAAAUGGCUGAAAAUCCUCUGCUUCUUCGGCGCCUCUAGUGACUAGCUACUUUCGAAAGGAGAAUGACUGUCUUCUGGUUAAUGCUCAUUUUUAUGCUUAUGCGGCUAAGACUACUUCAUGAUCCUAGAGCAAUCAAUUUGCAAGAAUUAAAAAUGAUAAAAUUUUGCUUUUAAGAACGUUCCGCAACUAUUCAGUUCAGAAGCCACAACCUCUACUUGCCGAAGUAAUUUUCUUCAAUGUAGGUGGAGCUUGACCUAGGGUUGUAUCUGGGGCUAUUGGAGGUCUGAGGUGGCUUCUGCAUAGCGGCAUAUUUGAGGCUGUUGUCUGGCAGACAUUAUAUACAAUCAUAUGCUUUCCCCGCUUAGAGGAAGAGCAGAUCCAGGGUGCCAAAAGAAAUGAGAAGGGAAGGAACAAAACGCUCAGGAUCAUGUUGAGUGAUUGGAAGUUUGAUCCACUGUUUUUGUGUCAGCAUGCGCCUUGCAGAUGGUGAUUACCAGAAUUUGAGGUCUUUAUUAUUGAAGGUGGAGAUAUUCAUGUCAUGUGGUUCCCAGGAAUCCCGUAAUUUCAGUUACGGCGUCUCUUGGUGUAGGAUAAAUCGUUAUUGUCGGAUGCCACGUAAUAAAAGGUGCAAAGAUAUGUUGAUAAAGACGUGUGCAUAGGCAAUGAGCCAAUCCACCCUAAUUGAACUGUAGUUCAACAAGAGCAUCACAAGAAGAGCUAUUACUAGAUAAGACUUCCAUGGUUAGCUGAGAUAGGUUGAAAAAUUCAAGUAAAGGGCACCAUGUUUCUUUCUUUCUACCCAAGGGAGUACGCUCAUUUGGGUUAGGCAUGUUACUUGAUGACAUAUCCUGAAUUUUUUUUUCUUGCAUUUGAUAAAAAAUAUGACAUGAUUGCACAUCACGCAGACCAAUAAUUUUUCAAUAUUCCCUAGCCCCCCCUAGUCAUAGAUAUGGCCAGUUCAAUAGAUCAGACCCUGACAAAAUUGUUGACGUAAUUUGUUUUGGUUUGUAGGUAAGAGACAAAUACCACAGGCAGGAUUGAUGCACAAGCAAAAUCCAAAGUUUUAUAGUUCAUCUGAAGUUACAGUUACUGUAACUUCAGAUAAAAAAAAAUGGUUAAACAUAAAGAGUAAUAAUAAUUCUUACGCAUACCAGAACUGAGACAUUUCCUGUGUCGCCAAUAUGUGGUCAAAUU